AUGGUGGUCAACAGGUGGUACGGAGGAAUAGAGGAUGAUGAAAAAGCCUUUAAACUUGCUCCACUCUGGGUGCAAGUCUGGAACCUCCCAGUUCACUGGAUUUCAAAGGACGUUGGCAAAAAGAUAGGAUCCGUUUUUAAUCAGGUUAGGGAUGUCAUUAUACCACAAACAGGGGGAAAAGAAGGGAGGCACCUGAAGAUAGCUGUUCUGGUGGAUAUUGAACAACCUCUUCUGAAAGGGACAACAAUUAAGGUGGCAGGGAGAGUUAAAUGGGUACACUUUAAGUAUGAGAGAUGUCCGGAUUUUUGCUAUAGCUGUGGAAGAAUAGGACACAGCGAGAGAUUAUAUGGAACGUCUUUGAGUGGGAUUGAAGGGAAAAAGGAUAACCAAUAUGGAAAUUGGAUGAGGGCAGGGAAUGCAAAUGGGGAGAUGUCUCCCCAGAAAAAACAAACAGGAGUAAUUUUUAACCCCCAAAGACGUCACUGUAGUUACCAGAAUAGGGAUUGGGUAGAGAAGGAGAGGGGGGAGAUUGCGGGCAGUGAUGUUUCCGGAGGUUUGGAUGAGACACCAAUUGCAGUAACGCAGCAAAUGGACCAAACAACCACUCUGACAGAGGCUUUGCCUAAACCAUCUACAAAUAUAGUAUUCUUUCCAAACUUGGUGGGAAUUGCGGAAUCUGGAGCUCUAAAACCAUCCUCUGGAGGGGAACCAAAUAUGCAUGCUGAUGUGAAUGCUAGAAAGGAACAGGAUAGAGGAAAUAUAUGA